GGCUGGGAAGGCGAGGAGCAGAUAUGGUGCUUCCUUGGCGGCUUAUUUACCAUCACAUCUGCCUUGGGACAACCCAAACCCAUCAAUUACCGCUUGUAUUUUGUGUCCCCCACCCCCUCCUCUGUUCUACAGGAUUUAAAUGGGCAGAAAGAGCUGUGCCCACGUCUCUGCCACCUAAAGAAAGGCCCCAAUGGCUAUGGCUUCAACCUGCACAGUGAGAAGUCUCGGCCAGGACAGUUCAUCCGCUCGGUGGACCCUGACUCUCCUGCUUCCCGUGCUGGGCUGCGGCCCCAGGACAGGCUGGUGGAGGUGAACGGCAUAAAUGUGGAGGGGCUGCGGCACUCCGAGGUGGUGUCCCACAUCAAGGCCAGGGACAGCGAGGCCAGGCUGCUGGUGGUGGACCCUGAGACAGAUGAGUACUUCAAGAAGCUGGGGGUGACCCCCACAGAGGAGCACACCAAAGGUGUGGUACCUCAGCCCAUGACAAAUGGAUCUGCACAGACUCAGCUGAAUGGAGGAUCAACAUCUUCAUCUCACAGCGACUUGCAGAGUCCUGGGAAAGAAUCAGAGGACGGCGACGCGGAGAAGAAGGACCCGUUCGAGGAGAGCGGGCUGAGCCUGAGCCCCACGGCUGCCGAGGCCAAGGAGAAGGUGCGAGCCAAAAGGGUGAAGAAAAGAGCUCCCCAGAUGGACUGGAACAAGAAGAGAGAGAUCUUCAGCAAUUUCUGA